AUGACGAGCCCAGUGGAUCAAUUCCCACCCUUCACUGAUGAUUUAUACGACAUAGCGGCGACGCGCGAACCACAAUACCCUGCCUCUUCUAUCAGAUACACGCAAAGUGACCGCUGGGAACCGCGGAAAGCGAGUUAUGCCCCUCAGGAGAUCAGAAACUCUAGGCACAAACCAAGAAAAAGUAUUAGCGAGGCAAUCAGCACCCUUAGAACACGCAAUGCCAGCGUGAGCGCCAACGCCCAGGAGUUGGCACAUGCGCUCCAGGCGCCGGUCUCGUAUAAACUGAUCGUUCUCUGCCUCAUCUGGUAUCUAACCUCCGCCGUCACAAACACAUCCUCAAAGUCCAUAUUAAAUGCCCUCCCAAAACCCAUCACUCUCACGAUCAUACAAUUCGCCUUUGUGUCAAUAUGGUGCCUACUACUCUCUUACCUUGCAAGUGUUAUUCCUUGGCUCAGACACAAUAUACCAGCCCUCAAGAAUGGCCUCCGCUAUCCAUCACGAGAUAUCAUCGGAACCACGUUGCCGUUGGCAGUUUUCCAGCUUGCAGGUCAUAUACUUAGCUCCAUGGCUACCUCACAAAUCCCCGUUUCGCUGGUGCACACUAUUAAGGGACUGUCACCCCUUUUUACUGUCCUAGCAUACCGCAUGUUUUUUCGCAUCCGGUAUGCUAAAGCCACUUAUCUAUCGCUUGUCCCCUUGACAUUAGGGGUCAUGCUUGCUUGCUCCACAGGGCUCUCUACCAACUUCUUCGGCAUAACCUGUGCACUACUUGCGGCUCUGGUCUUUGUUUCACAGAACAUAUUUUCCAAGAAGCUCUUCAACGAAACGUCUCGUGCCGAAUCAGAGCCCCUGUCCUCGGACCGACCAAAACUAGACAAGUUAAAUCUGCUUUGUUAUUGCUCCGGAUUGGCCUUGAUCUUGACUUUACCGAUCUGGGUGAUCUCAGAGGGCUAUCCUCUCAUCUCUGAUCUUUUACAAGAUGGCGCCAUCUCUCUAUCAGGCAAAAAGAAUUCUUUGGACCAUGGAGAGCUCUUCCUCGAAUUCGUCUUCAAUGGUGUUUCGCACUUUGCUCAAAACAUCCUGGCCUUUAUCUUGAUAACGAUGACAUCGCCGGUGUCAUACUCAGUGGCGUCUUUGGUCAAAAGAGUAUUUGUCAUUGUUGUUGCGAUUGUAUGGUUUGGCAACUCCACUACCUAUAUCCAAGCUUUUGGGAUUCUUCUCACUUUUCUCGGACUUUAUCUCUAUGACCGCAAUAGCCAUGAUGAUGCGGCAGAGCAAAGAGCAAAAGCCGACCACUUCCGCGCAAAAGAGGCCAUUCUUCCCUUGAAUGUCUCCACGGAAAAGACAUGGAAUACCGGUGGGUAUGACUCUGCGAGACAACCGGGCCAAUCCACUCCAGAUGAUUUAUCGUCUAUUCCAAGUCAUCCUAAAAAAGAGGACGAUCGACCUGGCCGCAUCCGCCCACGGGGAAACAGUACUGCUCGGAAUUGGCUGCCCCCUGGUACUAAACAAGAGACAACCUGGCACCCGAAUGAUUCCUAA